GUGGGUUUGACUCUCACAUGUGCCUUGGUGGCACUGUGUCAGGGCCACAUCAUGUGUCCAGGAUGCUCCAGGCUCAGCCAUGUCUUUUGGUGGCACCGUGGCAGGGCCACUCUGGAUGUCCAGGAGCCCCCAUGUCCCUUGCUGGCACCUUGGCAGGGUCACACCAUGUGUCUGGGAUACUCCAGGCUCUGACAUGUCCCUUGCUGGCACCGUGGCCGUUCCUUUUCUCCGAGGAUCAGUGUGGCAUUUGCCAUGUGUCCUCUCAGAGCCCCCCCUGCCCUUGUGGGGAGCAGCUGCCACCUUGGGGACAGCAGAAUGACCGAUGGCACAGGGCCAGCCGGGGGCCACGUGCUCGGGAAGCCAGGAACACACCGUGGGGGGGGGGGGAUACAGCCAGGGGUGGAGGGGGGGGGACACCCACUCCAUGUGCCGGCUGCCGGAGCCAGACAGUUGUUUAAUUUCCCAGGCGCGGGGGCCGAGGAGGGGGGGGGAUGAGGAUGGAAACUUUCCCGGGGCCGCCGGGACCAGAGCUGGGACGGGCUCAGGCUCCCUGCUCCGCACCGUGGCCUCGCUGUCCUUGUCCCCUUACCGGGGGUCCCUGAGCUCUCCCAUGCUGCCCACCGCCCGGGCUUCUCCUCAGCACUCCCCCCACAAUUCUCCCCGCAAUUCCCCCCGCAAUUCCCCCUGCAAUUCUCCCGUCCUCUUCAAGAAGCUCCUGGUGACCCAGAGCAUCCGCCUCCAGCGGCGUUUCACCGUCACACAUCCCCUCGGAUUCGACCUGGAGAAUGGCCCCUCGGGCCGGGGAGCAGCGGACCCCCAGGCCAGCCCGGGCGCGGGGCUGGUCCUGCAGGGCUCCUUCCCCCAUGGCCAGCGCCGGGAAUCCUUCCUCUACCGCUCCGACAGCGACUACGAUCUGUCCCCAAAAGCCAUGUCCCGCAACUCCUCCAUUGCCAGCGACCUCCAUGGAGAAGACAUGAUUGUCACCCCCUUCGCCCAGGUCCUGGCCAGCCUCCGCACCGUCCGCAGCAACCUCACCCAUCUCCAGGACCGCUCUGGCAGCAAACGAGCAUCAAGCAGCAGCCUGCCCUCCGGGAGCAAGGCCAGCCUGGCCGCAGAGGAUGCCCACCAGAAGCUCUCACGGGAGACCCUGGAGGAGCUGGAUUGGUGUUUGGAGCAGCUGGAGACACUGCAGACCAGGCACUCAGUCAGCGAGAUGGCUUCCAACAAGUUCAAGCGGAUGCUGAGCCGGGAGCUGACCCACCUCUCGGAGACGAGCCGCUCCGGGAAUCAGGUGUCCGAGUACAUCUCCAGCACCUUCCUGGACAAGCAGCAUGAGGUGGAGCUCCCCUCGGCACUGGCCAAGGAGAAGGAGAAGGAGAGGAGGAAACGUCCCAUGUCCCAGAUCAGUGGUGUCAGGAAGCUCAUGCACAGCUCCAACCUCACCGCCACCACCAUCCCCCGCUUCGGGGUGAGGACGGACCAGGAAGAGCUGUUGGCCAAGGAACUGGAGGACACCAACAAAUGGGGGCUCGACAUCUUCAAAGUCGCUGAGUACUCGGGGAACCGCCCGCUGACGGUCAUCAUGUACAGCAUCUUCCAGGAGCGUGACCUGAUGAAGACCUUCCACAUCCCCGUUGACACCUUCAUCACCUACAUGCUGACCCUGGAGGAUCACUACCACAUUGACGUGGCCUACCACAACAACAUCCACGCUGCUGACGUGGCGCAGUCCACCCAUGUCCUCCUCUCCACGCCUGCUCUGGAGGCUGUCUUCACAGACCUGGAGAUCAUGGCUGCCAUCUUCGCCAGCGCCAUCCACGAUGUCGACCACCCUGGGGUCUCCAACCAGUUCCUCAUCAAUACCAACUCGGAGCUGGCGCUGAUGUACAACGAUGCCUCGGUGCUGGAGAACCACCACCUGGCUGUGGGCUUCAAGCUUCUCCAGGAGGAAAACUGUGACAUCUUCCAAAACCUCAGCAAGAAGCAGAGGCAGUCGCUCCGUAAAAUGGUCAUCGACAUGGUCCUGGCCACAGAUAUGUCCAAGCACAUGAACCUGCUGGCAGAUUUGAAAACCAUGGUGGAGACCAAGAAGGUGACCAGCCUGGGGGUGCUGCUGCUGGAUAACUAUUCUGACCGGAUCCAGGUUCUGCAGAACAUGGUGCAUUGCUCCGACCUCAGCAACCCCACGAAACCACUGGAGCUCUACCGGCAGUGGACUGAUCGGAUCAUGGUGGAGUUCUUCCACCAGGGAGACCGGGAGAGGGAGAAGGGGAUGGAGAUCAGCCCCAUGUGUGACAAGCACACAGCCUCUGUGGAGAAGUCCCAGGUGGGCUUCAUCGACUUCAUCGCCCACCCCCUGUGGGAGGCAUGGGCUGACCUGGUGCACCCUGAUGCCCAAGCGAUCCUGGACACGCUGGAGGACAACCGGGAGUGGUACCAGAGCAUGAUCCCACGCAGCCCAUCCCCACCACCUGAGGAACCUGGGGUGUCCCCUGCCACCGCCGACAAGUUCCAGUUUGAGCUGACACUGGACGAGGAGGAGGAGGACGACGAGGAGGAGGAAGGAGAGUCAGACACGGAGCUGGAAGAGACUGAGAGCCCCUUGGAUGAGGACAACAGCGGCUGCAAGACACCAGACUCAGAGUCUGUUGACACUGAGCACCUGUCACCUGGCCCUGGGGACCAGGAUUCGCCUGUCACCCGCCCCAGGGACAUGGACAACCGUCAGGUGCUGGAGGGGACACUGCUGCAGGACGGUGGUGGCAGUGGGCGCUCGGUGUCAGGGCCCGAGGACAACCAGGGGCUGUGCCUGGACACAGAGGGCAAUGUCACAUUCCUGUCCCUGGACACGUAGUGGCACCGGUCUGGUGGGUCCCCUCACUGCUGUGGGGACGUGGGACAAGUGCUGGGGACAGUGGAGAGCACUGGCAUCAGAGUGGCCAUGGGGACACGGAGGGACCCCAUGUGUGUCCCCACGCAGGAGGUUUUGGUGGGCACAAGGAGGUCGCUCACCAUCUCCCAGCGAUUGUCCAUGUGCAGAGCUGCUGGGAGAGGUCCCUGUCCCUGUCAGACAGGGCUUGGGGACACUGUGCUCCUGAUGUCCCUGUCACCACAAGGCUCCAGGAAGAGGUCUGCCACUCCAAAAGCAUUUCGGUGCCUUGCAGAGCAUCCCCACAGCAAAGUGGCACCGAGGGUGCUGGUGACAGCAGGAGGGACCUCGGGGUGGCCAGGCACAGGGGCACGUGGUGGCGGUGGUUUAUUUAUUUGGGGAAGGGGUUCACUUUUUAAAGCCCUUUUUUUUUUUGUUUUGUAGCUCACUUUUUACUACCUGUAGCCUCAGCGCCGCGCACUCCCAGGCAGUUUUUUGGGGCAGAACAGCCGCGUUUCUCCCCUGCUGUCAGCACACAAAAAUGUCACCUUCAUACUUUGCACUUGGGGCCACCACUCCCCCUCGCAAAUGUCCCCAGGGGGGUUGGGGCAGCCCUCUGGGGUCUUUGUUUUGGUUUCUUCCAUCACCUUCCAGACAUUAAACCUGGCUUGUUCCAAA